ACCAGAGGCGCAGCAUAAUGCACAAAAACCAGAGCAGUCGGCGACUACUGCCGCUGCCGCUCUCUGCCGGACGCCCGCCGAUCGCGAGACGCCACCACCGUGCCACCGCUGACACCACCGCGCCUGUCGCCUUCUGCCGGACGUCUACCGAUCUAUCGCCCGACGCACAGGCCAUCAUCGAACCAGCAGAUCGGAUCCGCCAUCGCCACCAGCCCUUCUACCGGAGGGCUGUGCGAUCUCUAACCGUCGCCGCCGGACUCGCAGGAACGCAAAGGCGACGCAGGGCCGCCGCUGCUAGGGGCCUCCAUCCGCCAUCGCCGCCGGACUCACAGGAACGCAUAGGCGACAUAGGGCCGUUCAUUGCCGGCGUUCCGAUAUCCUCUUCGACGCGAACCUUCGGCGGACCGAUGACGAUCCCGGGGCGUAGAUCGAAGGCGGAAAUAGGCCAAAACAGAUCUGAUCUCACUACAUAAAAACACAAUGAAGAAGAAAGCUCGGAGGCGCAAUCGUUCCACCAUCGAAGAAGAAGAAGAAACCAGAUUUGCUCUCACGCCGUCGUUCCAGAUAUGAUCUCACCGCUACACGGUUGCCAUUACAUCAAAGAAGAAGAAGAAAGCUCGAUCGCCGUUCUUGAGAAGUAUGUUUUGUUGCAUACAUUUCUUCUCCAACCAAGCAUCCUCUCCACCAAAUCCACAUACAUACAUUUCUUCUUCUUUUCUUUUUUCUUUUUUACGAAUUUAGUCAUACAGAUUAUUUUUCGUUCAUCAACAAGUUAAGAUUUCAAGAUUAAUUACAUUAAUGUGUUUUAUAUAUUGAAAAA